AUGCGGUUGUUGUGGUCGCCGUCUCUUUCUUUUACUAUAAUUAUGGGUCGGUCGCUUCAUAAUUUGGACUCCGUUGGUAAUUUACUAUAUUGUGUUCUUACUAUUUUAUUGAUCCCGUCUUCCUCAGCAUCGUUACAAUCUGACUGCAAAAUCGGCGACUAUGAUUUCUCUCUACUAAACACGAAGGAACCUUGGAUCUCUGUGAAUCCUUCAAAUGAAACCUUCCUGUUCAGCUUUUGUUCUGCAAUUGAAGCCAAUGGUUGCCCGACUGGAAGUGCUGUGUGUCGGAAAACACAUGGUUCUUUGUCACAGCCAGUAAAAUUAGGCAACUUUACAAAUUCCCCAACUUUUUCUGAAGACAAUCAGAAACGGAUUACAGUAACAUUUAGGGGACAAACAUGUUCAUCAAACCACUCUAUACAUUUCAGUACACACAUCAUUUUCAAAUGUGGAAAGACAUUGGGUUCACCCGAGUUCUUAAAUAAUGAUGGUUGUUCAACUGUCUUUGAAUGGGAAUCAAUUGUAGCAUGCAAACAUCUUUCAAAACCUGUCAAAGAAGUGCCAUGUUAUGUCUACAUUCAAGGCAAGAAGAGGGACCUCACCCCAUUGAUAAAGUUAAGUGGUGCCUACAAACUAAAAAGCCCAUCUAAUGUGGAUAUUUAUAUGAAUCUUUGUCGUGAUAUUAGCUCAGAUAACCCUUGUCCAAAUGGUGCUGCUAUUUGUGCCAAUAUCUCUAACACACUGGUUAACCUGGGAGAACCAAAGACUGGUCUUAGAGCCAAAGACACCCGAUCACUGGAAAUAAAGUAUGAGGCCCCUGUAAAACUAGAAUCCUGUUCCAAUAUUCCACAAACUGUUAUUAAUCUCAUUUGUCCUAAGCGUGGAGGGAGCAAGUACCCUAUCAUCAUCCAUGAAGUAAUUUGCAAUUUUGACAUUGAGUGGUUAACAGAAUAUGCCUGCGAUGAAACAAAUAUCAAUAAACCACACUCACUAAAAUUUAGAGAUCCAGAAAAUGACAUAGACAUUGAUCUUACACCACUUGUACCCCCAAAGACCAAGCCUUAUUCAGUGGCUGCUACUGAUCCAGACAAAUCAAAAUAUACCUACUAUUUUAGCCUUGUUGAAUCAUCACCUAACUACUGUUAUGGAUCAGAAUUUGAGAAUUUCAAUCCAGCAAUUUGCCAGGUGAAAGGAAAUCAGAUAAAGUAUCUUGGAAGUUUUUCCAAGUCAACCCUUCGAUACAGUGAUGGCCAUUUAAUGUUGAUUUAUAAAGGAGGGCAACCAUGUUCAUCAAACUUCCAACGUGUUACAUUCAUUGAGUUCCAUUGUAACAAAUCUGCUGCCAAUGAUGGUAAAGGCUCCCCAGUUUUCCGAACAGAUGUUGACUGCAGUUACUAUUUUGAUUGGGAUACAAAAUAUGCCUGUACUGAUCAUCCUGUCCUACAUGGUUGUAGUGUCAGUCAGGAUGGCAAAUUAUUUGAUCUCUCAUCACUACGAACAGUCUCGGGCGAGAACUGGCAGGCCCUGAAUGGUCAUCAUUAUAAUUCAAAUGCAGAUGUCUUUUUAAAUGUCUGCCAUGACAUUAUACCUGAGAAAAGAACAAGUGGAUGCCCUUCUGGUAGUGCAAUUUGUAUGAAAGGAUUUGGAGAUAAGUUUGUGAAUCUUGGCCGAUACACACAAGGACCUGUGUACAAUCCAAGCAGUGGUAACAUCCAGCUAACUUAUUCAGAAGGGGAUGACUGUGGCAAAACAAAAUACAAAUCAAUCAUCACCUUUUACUGCAAUCCUGGUGUUACAAACAGUGCUCCUGUUAUAAUUUUAAAAUCUGAUGAUGAAUGUGUUUACAAUUUGGAAUGGCAUACAGCUGCUGCAUGUGUCCAGAUGCAAAUAACUGGGACUAACUGUCGUGUAUCUGAUGACACUUCUGGUUAUAAUUUUGAUUUGUCACCUUUGAUCAAAAAGGGAAAGGAAAAAUAUGAAGUUAGUUCCAAAUCUUACAUCUAUUACUUAAACAUAUGUGAAAAAGUACAAGGUACACCGUGUAUUUCCCUAACAACAGGUGUAUGUCAGACAAAAGUUGAAGAUCAUUUUGCAGUAAAUACAGGAGUUGUCAACAGCAACCUUACUUACUAUAAUGGUAUCCUGAAACUAAUUUAUAAAGAUGGAGACAAAUAUCAUACCAUUCCUCCUACUUCUAGAACAACCGUGAUCACUUUUUUAUGUAGUAAAGGUGACAAAAUUGGACAUCCAGAAUUUAUAGAAGAAACUAAUAUGACAUAUUGGUUUUCUUGGUAUACUCAGUAUGCCUGUACAUCUCCACCAGUUGAAUGCACCUUCACUGAUGAAACAACAAAAAAGCAGUAUGACCUAUCUCAUCUCUCAUUAUUGCACACCAAUUGGGAUGUUGAGGAUAACACUGACCCCAAUGAAAAGAAAAAAUACUACAUUAAUGUGUGUCGACCUUUGUCCCACAUUGCUGUGGGACAUGGCUGCAAUACACUUGCUGGUGUCUGUGUCACUAAAUUUGUUGAUGGAAAGGAAGUGGUUGAAAAUGAAAACUUGGGUCAGAUAACUUCUGGCCCUAAACUGGUUGAGAAAUCAAGUGAUCUGAUACUCAGAUAUACAAAUGGCAAACAAUGCAUUGACUCUGAUAACCAAACCACCAACUACUCCACUACAAUUCAUUUCAUGUGCAAAAAGACUGACCUGUCAAAUGGUCCACGAUUUUUGAACAUUGAGAAUAAUUGUGAAUAUGUCUUUUUGUGGGAAACAGAAUUUGCUUGUGCUGAAACAAAUACUGAAUCUCGUGAAGAUUGCACAAUCAAAGAUCCAAAUUCUAACUAUGUCUUCAAUCUCCAACCUUUGAUUAAGAAGUCUGGUGGCUAUGAAGUUAAAGUUAAUACUAGAAAACUUUUGAUUAAUAUCUGUGCCCCUUUAGCUGAUACAGCUUGUGCAAAAAAACUUAAUGAAUCAGCAGUGUGUGAAAUUCAGCUUAACCGAAGUGUAGCUCUGGCUUCUUACAGCUCCAAGCUGCAAUUAACUGAUGGACAUCUGCGAUUGUCCUACAGAGGACGUAAAUUCAUAUCGGGCGAUGUCUUCCAAGUUAUAAUCAUUUUUGUUUGUGAUCCUGAACACGAUCUUGGCACUAUCAGCUUUAUAAACGUGACCCAACAGCUGUAUACAUUCCAGUUUGCCACUGCUCUGGCAUGUGCUCCUCGUCCUGUUGACUGUAUUGUUCAAGACCAGAAAGGGGGUCAGUAUGAUCUGACUCCAUUGGCCUUGCCAGAUACCAAUUGGGAAACCACUGUGAAAGGCACAAAAUAUAUCAUCAAUGUAUGUCGGCCAGUCAAUAAAAAGGAUGACAUUUCAUGUGCAGGACUUGUUGGUGGUUGCCAGAUAACAACUGAUAAACAUGCUUUUAAUAUGGGCUAUGUUCAAGGUAAACCAAUCGCCUUGUCAGAUGGUACAGUCAGCAUUAGGUAUCGGGGUGGGGAUAUAUGCCAUUAUGGAACUGAUAAAGAAAGUCAUCGCAGUACAAGAAUUGAUUUCUUUUGUUCAACUGUUGAGGAAGGAAUCGAAUUUCAAAGUGAGACUGAAUAUUGUGAAUAUGUUUUUAGCUGGAAAACUCCUGCAGCUUGUGUUGUUCGGCGUGUUGAAGGUGAUCACUGCAAAGUCAUGGAUCCUCUGUAUCAUAAUGAAUUUAAUUUGUCUCCUUUGCGUAACAACAUCUCAGAUUAUGUAGUAAAGACUGACGAAUAUAUUUUCUACAUCAAUGUGUGUGGAGCUCUUGUCAGUUCCCAUGAUUGCCCACAAGAAGGAACAGCUGCUUGUCAAACUAAACCAUCUAUUAAUUUAAAAAUGAAAACUGGUAGUGCCAGUGAUAAACUGAUUUAUGAUGAUGGUGCCAUCAUACUUAAAUAUGAAAAUGGUGAAGGCAACUGUCACAAAAAUUAUACACGGAAAACAAUCAUCACCUUUACAUGUGAUCACGCUGUCUCUGGCUUCCAGGGACCAUCUUAUCUGAAUGAGGCUGGAGAUUGCACCUAUCUUUUUGAGUGGCCAACAAAAUAUGCCUGUUCCCAAAUGGUGAUCAGUCCUUGCAAAGUACAGAACAGCAAAGGAGAAGAGAUCGACCUAAGCAAUUUGGCUCUUUCAAAUAACAACUACAUUUAUGAAACCCCUCGAUUGGCUGGCCAGAAAUUUAUCCUAAAUGUGUGUCACUCACUUGUUCAUAGGAAAGGAGAAACAUGUGCAUCCACUGCUGGGGCUUGUCGAAUAGUUAAUGAAAGUGAUCCUCUGAAAAGAUAUCACAACAUUGGCCAGGUUGGGUCUCAUCCUCUCCGAUAUAACAAUGGAGAUAUUGAGCUUGUCUAUGAAAAUGGAGAACCAUGUCAAAGUCCAAAUAGAAAAAAUUCCUCAACUCACAUUAAGUUUGUGUGUGAUAUGAAUGCUGAGGAUACAGAUCCUAGUGAAUAUUCAGUGAGUCAUGGAUGCGAACAUCAUUUUAUGUGGUUGACAAGAGAGGCUUGCCCAAUUCGGAAAACUCUUACAAAUAAUGAUACAUGCCGUGUAACCGAUCCAAAUACAGGUGUAACCUUUGAUCUUUCACAGCUUAGGAGUCUUCAUGGUUAUAGUGUCCCAGACAGAGUGGGGCAUGUCUUCAAACUUAAUGUCUGUGGCAAAGUCAAAAGCCUUUGUGCUAAUACAUCAGGUUCCUGUCAAAUUGAUCUUUUCAACAACUCUUUUAAUGCUGGGAAUGCAAAUGGCAAGCUGCAAUUUGAAAAUGGCAUUGUCUUCCUCAACUACUCAGGUGGAGAUAAAUGUCACCAUGGCAAAUUUGAGCGCAAUACAAUUAUCAAUUUUGUAUGUAAUCCUUCGGCAAAAAUUGGCCAGCCAAUGUUUAUCGAUGAAUCUGAUGACUGCACCUAUUAUUUCUCCUGGCAUACCAGUUUGGUCUGUGAGAAAAAGGUGCAUUGCUCAGUAUCCAAUGGAAGCCAGAUCUUUGAUCUUUCACCAUUAAUCAAAAUGAGUGGAUCUCAUAUUGCACAGGCAUAUUCCUAUACACUUGAUCCUGGAUCAUCCUUCUACAUUAAUAUUUGUCGACCCUUAAAUCCUAUUUCUGGCAUCUUAUGUCCUCCAGGAGCAUCUGCAUGUCGCAUAAAAGAUGGUGAAAAACCAAUAAGUCUUGGAUCUGUAACCUCUGGUCCAUAUAUAGACUCAAAUGACCAAAGAGUGACCUUGAAGUAUCAAUAUGGUGAUAAGUGUCCUCAUGAUAAUACUCAGAACAGAAGUAGUGUUAUCAAGUUUACGUGUAAUCCUGGACUUUCCUUGGGCUACCCAGUAUUACUGGAGGCAAUUGAGGAUUGUACAUACAUUUUUAAUUGGGAGACAUAUAUUGUAUGUCCUGUCUCAUUACCACAUAAAGAAACAGAUUGUGUAUACAAUGAUACUCAGACCCUCACUGAAUACAACCUCACAUCCCUUAAGAAUGCUGGAGUUCAAAAAAUUCCUGAUGGCUCCUCUGGUUUCUACUAUUUAAGUGUGUGUGCCUCGGUUGGUAAGCAGCAUAGUACUGUCUGUAAAUCUUCUGGUGUCUGUCAUGUAAAUGCUGCGGGUAAAGAGAUCUCUUUUGGUGAUAUGCACAAAGCCAUGAUUUCAAUGAAGAGAGACCUUGUCACUUUAACUUAUGAAAACGAAGAGAAAUGUAAUGAAAGCACUGGGUUGCAUCCUAAUAGCAAGAUCCAUUUUCUCUGUGAUGCCAAUGCAGGUCUUGGUAAACCGGUUUUCUUUGAUAGAAUGACCUGUGAAACAUCCUUCUUAUGGAAAACAAAAUAUGUAUGUCCCCCUGUCUUAAAGGAGUGUUAUAUUUCUCACCUUGGGAAUAAUUAUGACCUUGGUGUUCUUGCAAACACACACUCUUGGAAAGUUAUGGAUAUAUCUGGAAACACGUACUGGAUCAAUGUGUGUCAAGCCCUCCAUAACCGACCAAAGUCUCCACAAUGUCCUGGCAAUGCUGCUGUCUGUAUGCAGAAAAGAGAUAAAAAAUUGAUUACUCUUGGUACCGUCUCUUCCCAAAUUUUAUAUAUUGAUAUUCGGACACCAGUUAACAAUCCUGUGAUAAUUUUGCAAUACUCAAGUGAUAAACCAGUUUGUGCCAAUAACAAAAAUGCAAAGAUAAUCAUCAGAUUUUCUUGUGCCAAUGUUAUGGGAGCCCCGCAUUUCAGCAAGAAAAAUGAAGAAAACUGCACUUAUGAAUUUAUAUGGAAAACCCGAAUAGCUUGCAAAGAAAAGAGAGUUCCUGUUAAUGAUGUGAAUGGUAUUCUUACUGAUCCAAGAACAAUGGGCAGAAUUUAUUUUGGUAAUCUGACUCAUGGAAAGACAUUCCAUGCAAAAGAAUUUCAGGGUCCUGUAUUAUUCAAAUAUGAUAUCAAUUUUGAUGGGCGUCUACGGCUGGAUCCAAGUAAGGAAAACUCACAAAAAUGCCAAGGUGCAGCAGUUUGCCAGACAAAACCAUCUGAUACAUUUUACUACAAAAACCUGGGAAAUGCUCAGAAUAAGAAUUUUUACUUGGAUGUAGAUUUCCUGGAUUUGGAAAUAACCUCCCCAGAAAAAUGCCGUUCAAAUCCAUCAAAAAAUGUGAAAACAAUUAUUGAAUUCUUUUGUAGCCAUUUGGCCAGUGCAGAUCAUCCAAAAUUUGUGUAUGAAUCAAAUGAAUGUUUGUUUCUUUUCACGUGGACAUCUUCAAUUAGCUGUUUUCAUUAUGACACAAUUCCACCAAGAAUCAAAGAAGACACAGCAGAUACUCAUUCAACAUCAAACACGACACUGACUGUCAUUGGUGUGUUUUCUGGCCUUCUUGUUUUGAGCAUUAUAUUAUUGGUGUUAAGCCGACCAGAAAAACGGGCAUUUAUGAUGGAAAAGAUGAAAAGUCUUUUUACAAGAAAGCAUACUGGCACAGCCAGAUAUAUCAAUGUUUCACAGAUGGAUGAUGAUGAAGGCCUGUUGGUGAUGGAUGCUGAGGGUGGCAACACAAGUGUGCCAUACCAUGAUGACAGUGAUGAAGACAUGAUUCUGUGA